AUGCUAAGUGUUGUUCUUGACAUGAUUGCCAACCCAAUAUUCUAUGACCUGUCAGCAUCCCAAUUCUCUCCUGACGGGAGAGUUUUCCAAGUAGAAUAUGCUCAUAAAGCUGUUGAAAACAGUGGGACCGUAAUCGGCUUGAGGGGAAAAGAUGGAGUGGUAUUUGCUGUGGAAAAGCUCGUGACUUCAAAAUUGUAUGAACCAGGUGCCAACAAAAGAGUGUUUAACAUUGACACUCAUGUGGGAAUGGCAGUGUCUGGACUGAUAUCUGAUGCCCGACAGAUAGUUGAAACAGCACGUAGCGAGGCUGCUAAUUACAGAGCACAAUAUGGAACAAAUAUUCCACUUAAAUAUCUUAAUGAUCGUGUGUCAAUGUACAUGCAUGCUUAUACUCUGUACUCUGCUGUACGACCAUUUGGUUGCAGCGUAAUUAUGGGAAGUUAUGAAGCUGAUGGUGUCUCAUACGGUUACUAUGGUUGUGCUAUUGGAAAAGCGAAACAAGCAGCAAAGACUGAAAUUGAGAAGUUGAAACUGGCUGAUCUUUCUUGCAAGGAACUUGUUAAAGAAGCUGCCCGAAUCAUUUACAUGGUGCACGAUGAGCUCAAGGAUAAGCAGUUUGAGCUGGAGUUGAGUUGGGUUGGUCAGCUGUCAGAAGGUCGUCAUGAACGAGUUCCACCCACAGUGUUUGCAGAGGCUGAAAAAGCUGCAAGAGCGGCAAUGGAGGAUGAAAGUGAUUCAGAUACUGAUGAAAUGUGAACGCCUGCCUUGUAUUAGAUUUUAAGAUAACGAUAAUAAUAAACUGCUUUCUGUUUUCUUGUACAGUAUGUGUUGGUAGUUUGUACCCUUAUGAUAAACAUUUUUUAUUUUCUUGGUAAACUUCCUUGACAAUCCUUGUGAAGCAAAAGUUGAGAUUGUCUACUGGUGAACCUUAUACUAAAAUGCAUUUAAUCGAUUUUAAGCCGAACUCAAAAAAAUAAAAGAAGAAGAAGAAGAAAUUUAAGUGUAAGAAAUACA